AUGGGUAAUGGCAAGGGUAAGAAUAUGGGCAAGGGAAGAGGUAAGAAAAGAAGUCGGACUCCGAAGGAGAACAAGGUCGCAACUAAGGUCGAGAACAUGUCCGAGGUCAAAGCCGACGACAACCAUCACUGUCUCAAAAAGCGACCUACUCAUGUUCGCACUCAGCGAUGCUUUCGUUUAGGGCAUAUGGUUGAAUGCCCGAUUCAUCCUAAAAGCUUCGCGCUCCGAUUCAGCGAAUGUGUUCCGUGUAACAAUGCUGACAGGCGACAAGUGCAAGAGGAGCGCAAGGACAGAAAGAAACAAGACACCCAGCGGCAACUGGCUAACCCUCGUGUUACCCUGUCAAUUGGCCAAUACCCCGCAAUAUCACCCCCUUUUCCUUUUCUUUUCGUCCUUUCUAUUCUAACUCUCUCUCUAAUUAAUUCAUACACCUUUUGA